UUCCCCUCCCGCAGCCUGCCAGCCGCGGCGUGCGGACUCGCUGCUCCAGCCUCCGGCCACGUCCCAUCCCACCGCCUUGAGCAGCGGAGGAAAGAUUAGAGAUUUUCUUGCCCCAUACACACACUUUUGAAGCGGGCAAAAUUUUUAAAUUUGAACCAUGAGGGAAAUCGUGCACAUCCAGGCGGGUCAGUGUGGCAACCAGAUUGGUGCCAAGUUCUGGGAGGUGAUCAGUGAUGAACAUGGCAUCGACCCCACCGGCACCUACCAUGGGGACAGCGACCUGCAGCUGGACCGCAUCUCCGUGUAUUACAAUGAAGCCACAGGUGGGAAAUAUGUCCCUCGUGCUAUCUUGGUGGAUCUAGAACCGGGUACCAUGGACUCUGUUCGCUCUGGUCCUUUCGGCCAGAUCUUCAGACCAGACAACUUUGUUUUUGGUCAGUCUGGGGCCGGGAACAACUGGGCCAAGGGCCACUAUACAGAGGGGGCUGAGCUGGUCGACUCGGUCCUGGACGUGGUGCGGAAGGAGGCUGAGAGCUGCGACUGCCUGCAGGGCUUCCAGCUGACCCACUCGCUGGGCGGGGGCACAGGCUCUGGGAUGGGCACCUUGCUCAUCAGCAAGAUCCGUGAAGAAUACCCUGACCGCAUCAUGAACACCUUCAGCGUGGUGCCUUCGCCCAAAGUGUCUGACACGGUGGUGGAGCCCUACAACGCCACCCUCUCUGUCCAUCAGUUGGUAGAGAACACUGAUGAGACCUACUGCAUCGACAAUGAGGCCCUCUACGACAUCUGCUUCCGCACCCUCAAGCUGACCACGCCCACCUAUGGGGACCUGAACCACCUUGUCUCGGCCACCAUGAGCGGGGUCACCACCUGCCUGCGCUUCCCUGGCCAGCUCAACGCUGACCUCCGCAAGCUGGCCGUCAACAUGGUGCCCUUCCCCCGCCUCCACUUCUUCAUGCCCGGCUUCGCCCCCCUCACCAGCCGGGGCAGCCAGCAGUACCGUGCCCUCACUGUACCUGAACUCACCCAGCAGGUAUUUGAUGCCAAGAACAUGAUGGCUGCCUGCGACCCCCGCCACGGCCGCUACCUCACCGUGGCUGCUGUCUUCCGUGGGCGGAUGUCCAUGAAGGAGGUGGACGAGCAGAUGCUCAAUGUGCAGAACAAGAACAGCAGCUACUUUGUGGAAUGGAUCCCCAACAACGUCAAGACAGCCGUGUGCGACAUCCCACCUCGGGGCCUGAAGAUGGCAGUCACCUUCAUCGGCAACAGCACGGCCAUCCAGGAGCUGUUCAAGCGCAUCUCGGAGCAGUUCACGGCCAUGUUCCGGCGCAAGGCCUUCCUGCACUGGUACACGGGCGAGGGCAUGGACGAGAUGGAGUUCACCGAGGCCGAGAGCAACAUGAACGACCUGGUGUCCGAGUACCAGCAGUACCAGGACGCCACGGCCGAGGAGGAGGAGGAUUUUGGUGAGGAGGCCGAAGAGGAGGCCUGAGGCCGCGCCUGCACUCCGCUUCUCGCUCCCUCAGCCUUUCUCCUCAGCUGCCCCUUUCGUCUCCCUCAGAAUUUGCAUUUUUGCCUUUUUUUCUUUCUUUUAGGGAUGUUCUAGAACAAUGCCUGGCACAUAAUAGGGCUCAAUAAAUAUUCAUUGUUUCUUGAA